AUGGAUUACGAUCUACAAGGGUACAGAGUCAUUGCCAUAUUUGGAAAAAAGCGGAACGCUCAAAGCAUGUCAGCUUCCCAGUCGGUCACCUUGAGCGAAUCUACGCCAUCCAAAAGUCGCUCCAUAAUCUCCGAGUCAGCAUCCCAUUCACUGGAUAGAGACAGGCCAGUGCUUGAGGAAGAGGAUUUCACUUCUAAAUCAAAUCUACCCAGCGAUAAAAGCCUCUGGCAGCGAGGUGAAACCAUCAACAAAAAGUUAAACAAGGACGCCGACUGGAAGGUUCAGCUGCACACGUCAGAAUCGGCCUUCAACGCUCUCAUUGUUCUUGUGGUCUAUGGAACACGAGGCAACUCUGGACCCAUAAUCAUUGGUACCUCCGAUUGUGAAAAGUGUUUAUUUCGAGCCGGAAAUAUUGACCAGUUUAAAGUCAACCUUGCGGGCAUAGGUGAGAUCUUUAAGAUUCGCUUGGAAGUCAAUCAAGUGAUGAAAUCAGAAUUGCCAUAUUGGGGACUGAUAAAGGCUGUUUUUGAAAAUAUGGUUACUCACGAGCAAAUCACAUUCGAUUUCACAAAUCGUCCCUUCAUAAGAAUGUUCAACCAUUGCCAACUGAGCAGGGAGCAGGUGAGGUCUGGGGAACCAGUUAAGGAUGUCCUACCUGUCGAGAUCCUAACCUCAGAUGGCCUUGACCCGAGCGCCGGAGUAGUCCUUUACCGCAUAAAAUUAUACACUCGGUCUGUAUCAGAGGCGAAUCAGCAAAGUUACCCCAAUCCAAAGGCCACUCUCCUUGGCCGUUAUGGUGAUACCGGCCGACGAUUGAUUGUUCUCGUGAACCCGUCUUUCGAAAAGCUGGAUGACAAUGACGAGGAUAACUUGGAGGUUUACGAGUGCUUUAUUGAAGCAGUUUAUUUGGGAUGUCUCACCCAAUGCCGCAUCGGACCAAUCUCAGCGUCUCCAUCAGGAGCCCGCCUUUGUCUCGACAUCGAAGUUGUCGAUCCACUGACAGGUGAAAUCUACCGAUUUCCGGCAAAUUUGUGGAUUGGGCCAACUGAAAAAGAAGACAUGAAGGAGGCCUCACUACAACCCCAGGUGAAGCAGAUGGUUCAACAAUUGACCGAAUCCGUGUCUGAAAAUGUUAAAAAGUAUAACUUCUGGCUGUCUUUUGAUGAAGCUGUUCCCUUCACAAUUACGCCAUUUGACCGUAAAAAAGAGCUGCAGUGGCUUCCUGUGGACUCGGAUGACGUCAGUUCCCCCAUUAUUAAGUACAUUAUUAGCUACUUUGUUUUGCCAAAGCAACCUCUAAUGGUGUUCAUCGGACUGUCUGGAUGA